UCCCGAGCUGCAUCUGCCAUCUUCAUCUCAUACUUCUCCAUCCACCUUCCGCUAUUUGCCGUGUCCUUGCUUCCUCACCUCCUCUCUUACCACUUGUUUCGAACCCAGCAAUCGAUUCUCGCACAUCAUGGAUAAAUUGGUCGCCCAAUACACGCGGGCGCCGCACCAGAAUGAGUUCUACUCCGAGCAAGAACAGCGUGAGCUCACCGAGAGCCUUCCACCUCUGUCCUUGAAAUUCAGCCUUCCUCCCGUCGAUAAUUCCAGAGCCUUCCUCCGUGCUAUGACCGAUGACCACUCAAACCCCAGCUGCCCCAUCAAACUUGCCCACGGAACGACGACGCUGGCUUUCCGUUUCCAGGGCGGAAUUAUCGUCGCGACCGAUUCCAGAGCCACCGCUGGAAACUGGAUCGCCAGUCAGACGGUGAAGAAGGUUAUCCCUGUUUCGCGGUUGAGCCGCGGCGAAGACAAGCCGACGAACGAGCCGACUCCGGGUCUUUUGGGGACCAUGGCUGGUGGUGCUGCUGAUUGUCAAUAUUGGUUGAGAUAUCUGAGCCAGCAAUGCACACUUCACGAGAUCCGACACAAGCGCCGUAUCACCGUUGCCGCGGCCUCGAAAAUUCUCGCCAACCUCACAUACGCGUACAAGGGCAUGGGUCUGAGCAUGGGUACGAUGUUAGCAGGCAUGACCCCGCAAGAAGGCCCCGCCCUCUACUACAUCGACUCCGACGGCACCCGGCUGGCCGGCAACCUCUUCUGCGUCGGCUCCGGCCAGACCUUCGCCUACGGCGUGCUGGACGCCAACUACCGGUACGACCUGACCGAGGAGGAGGCCCUCGAGCUCGGCCGCCGAAGUAUCUUGGCCGCCAUGCACCGCGACGCCUACUCCGGUGGCUUCAUUAACCUGUACCACGUCAAGGAGGAGGGCUGGGUCCACCACGGCUUCAACGAUAUGAACCCCAUAUUCUGGAAGACGAAGUUGGAGAAGGGGGAGUUCUCGAACGUUACGUCGGAGUUGUAG